AUUAUUAUAGCCACCCUCUCCUAAUAUUGUAGUUUUCACCUUUUCUUUGGUUUUUCCAGAAAUCGAUAUACUUUCAAUAAUCGAUCUUUAAAACCAACUUAUUCAUUAGAAAAUCGUUAUUUCUCAUCUGGGUCUCAAAAAUCUUCAGCUGAAACAUCAUAUAAUAAGAUAAUCUUAUUCUUAGAGGUUACUUGUAUAAUUAUUGAUUAUUAAUUAGUACUAUUAUAAAAGUAUUAUGGCUCAAGCAGUGGAGGAUUGGUAUAAGCAGAUGCCAAUAAUCACUCGCUCUUAUGUCACUGCUGCUGUUGUUACCACCAUUGGUUGCUCUCUUGAUAUAAUAUCUCCGUCUAACCUUUACUUGAACCCCAGACUUGUGAUGAAGAAUUAUGAGUUCUGGCGCCUCGUCACUAAUUUCCUUUACUUCCGUAAAAUGGACUUGGACUUUAUGUUCCACAUGUUCUUUCUUGCUCGAUAUUGCAAACUUCUUGAAGAGAACUCUUUUAGGGGAAGGACUGCAGAUUUCUUUUACAUGCUCUUGUUUGGUGCCACUGUUUUGACUAGCAUUGUCAUAGUUGGAGGAAACAUACCCUAUCUGUCAGAAUCGUUUGCAAAAAUCAUAUUCCUGAGCAAUUCAUUGACAUUCAUGAUGGUUUAUGUUUGGAGCAAGCAAAAUCCUUUUAUCCACAUGAGUUUCUUGGGCAUCUUUACUUUCACAGCAGCUUACCUUCCAUGGGUUCUCUUGGGAUUCUCUGUCCUUGUUGGUGCCAGUGCUUGGGUGGAUCUACUGGGGAUGAUAGCGGGUCAUGCUUACUACUUUCUUGAAGAUGUAUAUCCACGGAUGACAGGUCGUCGGCCCCUACGAACACCAGGAUUCAUCAAAUCACUGUUUGCAGAUGAGGCUGUUGUGGUGGCACGGCCAGUAAACGUCAGAUUUGCCCCUCCACCUGCAGAGGAACUUCACCAAGAUUGAUCAGGUACACAGAAAUUACAGGGUGAUGAGUGGUGGCCUGCCCUUAAAAGUAGAUGGAAGUAUGGUUGGACGUGGUUCUUCAUGUGAGACACGUCUUCAAUUCAGACAUUAACUAUGUAAAUGACACUGCUUCUAGCUAAUUAAUAUAGUAUUUUUUUUCUUUUGUGCA